GCAGGCUACUGGGCUCUGCCCACACACCUACCAGGCUCGGUUCCUAAAAGCCAGCUCGGAGCAAUCCCCUUGGGUUGGAGCCAAAUCCCUGAUGUGAUUUUAAGGAAGACCAGCAGGUCCGGGUCUCCAGGGGUCAACCCCACACACAUCCCCCGCACUUUCCUGCAUGUAGGCCUGCGGGCGUAGAGGGCGUGGAAUUCACACCCUCCCCACCCAUCCGCAGGGGUCUCCUGGGAGGAACCCACAGGCGAUGGGAACCCUGAAGCUGGGCUACGGUGUCCGCCCGAGCCUUUUCUUAAAUGCGCCAACCCCGGAAGCGGGGCAUCCAAGGGAGCGAGCGACGGGCCACGCACGUCCUGGCGUUCAGUACGGGGCAGCUUCUCCGGCUGGUGGGAGGGUGGGGAGCCUCUCAGGCAGGGUGGCAACCAACUAUAUCUGAGGACCAGAGCCAUUUUGGGGCACCAGAACUUGUGACCUCUCCAUCUCCACCCAGCUGGGUCCAGGGGCCACUCUCAGCACCCACCUCAGCAGCUGACAUCGUAAGGCAGACUUGGGAACCUGGAAGCACUCUGGAGAACCUUUUCCUGAGACAUGGAGCUUUGGGGCCGUAUGCUGUGGGCCCUCCUGUCUGGCCCAGGGAGAGGGGGAAGUACCCUCGGCUGGGCCUUCAGCUCAUGGCAACCCCAACCACCUCUGGCUGGGUUAUCCAGUGCCACAGAACUGGUCAGCCACUGGACUAGGGUCUUUGAGAAAAGAGGUAUCCCUGAGGCCCGGGAAUCCAUUUCAGAGCCUGAGGCCGGCACUUUGGACCCAGCCCUUGACCUCUCAGCAACUACAGUGUAUCCGGGAGCUGAGUAGCCGUCGAUUGCAGAGGCAUGGUCCUAUUGGUCCUGGCUCUGUCAAUGAUGACCACCCGGCUGCCCCCUCUGCAGGAUGCCGGUGCAGUACAUCCUUGGAGAGUGGGACUUUCAGGGGCUCAGCCUGAGGAUGGUGCCCCCAGUGUUUAUUCCUCGGCCAGAAACAGAGCCACAUCGGGGGAUGCCUUACCAAGAACUCAAGAGGACGUGGCCUGUGGCAGAGAGUGGUGAGAAUGGGUGCAGAGGAUGGUGUCUGAUGAAGGAGGAGUCUGAAGUGCAAACUUGCAGGAGGCAUGUGACCAAAGAGGCUUGGAACAGGGAGGUUUGCACCUGCUGGCCAAGUUCUGCCUGGCUUGGACUUGCCAUCCUCAGGGAACUGGUUGAGUGGGUGCUGGAAGAGGUGGCCCAGAGGUCCUAUGCUGUGGGAUCCCCAGGCAGCCCCCUCAUUCUGGAGGUAGGCUGUGGAUCGGGAGCCAUCUCCCUCAGCCUGCUGAGCCAGCUCCCUCAGAGCCGAGUCAUUGCUGUGGAUAAGGGGGAAGCUGCCAUCUCUCUGACCCAUGAGAACGCUCAGAGGCUUCAGUUGCAGGACAGGAUUUGGAUCAUCCACCUCGACAUGACCUCAGAAAGGAGCUGGACACACUUGCCCUGGGGCCCUGUGGACCUGGUCAUCAGCAACCCUCCCUACAUCUUCCACCAGGACAUGGAACAGCUGGCCCCCGAGAUCCGCAGCUAUGAAGACCCUGCGGCCCUGGACGGUGGGGAGGAGGGCAUGGACAUCAUUACCCACAUCCUGGCCCUGGCACCCCGGCUCCUGAAGGACUCUGGUAGUAUCUUCUUAGAAGUGGACCCAAGGCACCCGGAGCUUGUCAGCAGCUGGCUUCAGAGCCGGCCUGAACUGUACCUUAAUCUUGUGGCUGUGCGCAAGGACUUCUGUGGGAGGUCCCGGUUCCUGCAUAUCCAGAGGUCUAGGCCAUAGUGUGGCUGCCCUGUGGAUGCCUUGUCAGUGGCGCCAGCCUGACCGGAGGGAGGUGGAUGGCACUUUCCAGAACCCAAGUGCUUAUGGCAUUUCCCAAGGUUCUGUGAUUUCCCCAUGCUCUGCAUUUCUAGGAUAUUUCUAGGACACCUGGGUAGACCCAAGUUCUCAGUCUGGCUCCAUCACAUCAGGGUGGCCGAGGGCAGUUGCUGUGUGUUGGUGAAAUAGAUGUGGGAGUAUUGGGGGAUAUGGCCAGUAAAGUAUUGAGAGAUUAACAAAUGGUGACCUAA